AGAAUUGCGCAAGUAGAAGACGUUCGAUUUCACUUUCAAAAUGUCCCUAUCUGUUGAAGCUGAAACCAAAAUUGAGGGCGAACCUUGUGUUGCCACUUUGGACAGCAAAUUGUUUAUCGGUACCGACACGGGACAUAUUCUUGCAUUCGACAAUGGUCUUACGCCGGCUGUUAAAUGGCAAGCUCACGAGGUACAGUUGUUUGCGAUCAGUGCCGGGAACGGCAAAGUAUACUCUGCGUCCAACGACGGGGGCGUUAGAAUCUGGAACUCGAGUGGAGAGAAGAUUGGAGAACUACCGGCUUUAGAAGGUGACAUUGGAAGUAUAACAGUUCACGAUAAAUAUGUAUACGUCGGUGACGAAAUCGGCAAUAUUGCUGUUUACGAAGAUAACACGUUAAAAGCAAAGUACAAUGUUCUGGAGGAAGUAAAGUCCCUGGUCAUAAGUUCGCCUUUUAUGUUUACGGCCCGAGAUCUGUACGUUACAGUCACAGAAAUUAAGCCCGAUGAAUCCAAGGAACGUUUUAUAACGCGUCACAAUAUGGAAGGGCGAGCCCCGCUCUGCAUUGGAGGCAACAGACUCCUAUGUAUUAGCAGAAGUGGUAACGAUUUACAGCUUCAUGAAAUAUCGUCGGAAAGUAAAUUUAAGAAACUAUGUGAAGUGAAGGCAAGCGAAAUGAUAAUAACAGGCCUGACAUCAACUUCUGAAUACUGCUGGACAGGAGGAUGGGAUGGUGUUGUACGUAGAUGGAAGACGACUGGAGAUCAGUUGCAAGCUGCUGGGGAACUAAACGUCGGCUCCUGUGUAAACGCUCUUGCAGCUAUAUCUAAUGACAAAGUUUAUGCUCUUUUGUCAGGGGGGAAAAUCGUCUUGCUGAAGGCUUAAUUUUAUUGAGUAUAACAGCCACAGAGGAUACUUCAUGAAACCCUGCACAGUAAAAGUUGAAACUUGAGAGCCUUAAGGUUUUAUACUGCUUAAGGUGACGCCGCGCCGCGUUAAAGUA